UUUACGUUCCUGUACGUGCUACGUCGAUAUUCUCGCGGUUUUUUUAUUAGUUAUUUUCGAACCAUGUUAUUAAUAACUUUUUGUUUAUACUGCUCCAGUUUGUAGUUUUAUUGCAAUCACAGAAGCUGCUGCUAAGCGGCAGAAGGUAGCUUUUACCCUAUCUAAACACAUGUAAACAAUGCAAUGACGGAAGGUUCCGGUUUACACGGAAACAAACACACGGGAGCACGAACAGACAUUAGUGGAUUUGCUGGUUUGCUACAGUUUCACUGAGGUCCCCGUCUCCUAUGGAUUCACUCAACACUUUUGAAUCUGAGAUGGAGGCUGACGGUCAGGGAAACUACUCUCUGUUUCCUGCUCUGGACAGCAUCGCGAGUCUCUCUGGGACCGCCGAGGCUCUGGAGAGCGAACCACCGAGUGAAAUAGCAGAGAAGCCAAACCUCACAUGGCUCGACGCGGCACAGAUUGUCUUGGAAGACGCUGGCCGUUCCAUGCACAUAAAGGAGAUUAAACAGAGAAUCAUCGACAGGGGACUCGUUCAAUCCAAUGCGAAAUCAAGCCUGGAGGCUGUCAUGUACCGUGAGACACAAAAAGGCAGCAGGAGAUUCAAGAGGAUUGAGAACAGAAACGGAGUCUUUGCCCUGCUGACCGACGAGGAGCGGCAGCAGGCCCUGCAGGCCUUCACCGCCCAGUCUUUCCUCGGCUCUCCGCAGCACAAUACCGUCUCCAGUUCGGGCUCGGGUACCUCGGCGCACGCCUUCCCCUCCCCCACCAGUUCCUCGGAGCAUAGGACCAAGAUGAAGAGGGGCCCACGAAAAAAACAAAACGAAAAGUACCAACUCAAGUACCUUAGACUUCGCAAAGCUGCCCGCGCCAUGAUAUUUGAGAAUGCAGCUCUCUGUGAUGAAGUUGCCCACUUAGAAGAGAAGUUUCUGAGAGCGAAGGAGGAGCGGAGGUUUUUACUGAAGUCCUUGUUGCAGUACCAGUCGUUUUCCGAGGGGGAGAUGUUGCCAACAGCCAGCGCCAGCUCUCAUCCAGCGGGACCGCCUGCAGCAAUGACCUCAGGUGCCGCGGGGGCCUCAGGCUUGUCCGGGGGGCAUAACCUGGCGUCGACGGGGGAAGAGGGGCCGCUUAAAAAACCCAAGAAGGAAAGGAAAGAGCGAGGCCGGGAAAAUGGAAAGGACGAGUUUCCAAAGAAGAUGUCCAAGAAGAGGAAGCUAGCAGACGGGUCUCGGAAGCUGGUGCAGCCCAUCGCUCUGGACUCGUCUGGUCGGCCGGUCUUUCCCAUCGCGCUGGGAGGUUUAACGGUCUACAGCCUGGGAGAGAUCAUCACCGACAGGAUGUUUUUCCAUGAUGAGUGCGCCAUCUACCCGGCGGGCUUCUGCAGCACUCGAGUCUUUGCCAGCAUGAAAUGCGCCGACCAGCAGUGCCUCUACACCUGCCAGAUCAAGGAUAUGGGAGCAGGUCCGCAGUUUGAGAUCGUGCCUGAGGAAGAUCCUCAGAAUGCCAUCGUGGCCUCCUCCGCCCUGAUGUGCCACGGCAAUCUACUGAAGGCCAUCGCGUCCGUCAGUUCCAAGUCUGUGGCGCCCAUCGUGCCAUCGGGGGCCGACUUCUUUGGCUUCUCACACCCCACGAUCCAGAAUCUCAUCCAGAGUUGUCCCGGAGCGCGCAAAUGUAGCAACUACCGAUGGAUACGCUUUGAGGUGUGUCGCAGCGGCGACGUUCAGGUCCCUCACAGCCUGUCGGAGGACGACGCCUCGGUGAACUUUGAGGCCUACCAGAGACAUCGGGGCUUCGGCGACAUCAAGACGGAGCACGUGACAGGUCGCUUGAACAUCAGUUUUUCACAUUGCAGUUGUUUUUUACACUCGGCUGGAGCAGAGAUGACCUCAGGUCUCGUUACAUUGACGCGUGGACUGUACACUCGGCACAGGCCAUCCUGGUCAGACAUGCGUGAACCGGGUCGUCUUCGGGUUUGACAGCACGACGAUACCAAUCUCUUGCAUAGGCAUUUAAAGUGUGUGAGAGUUUGAGUGAAUAACCCACCGGCUGCUCCUCCAGGUCUUUGCUGUGAGUAGCAGGUCAUGAAGGUUUGUGGCUUGGCGAGCUGAAAGCCAAGUGUCCUCCCUCAAAAGGGGUCAGUGUGUAAUUAUUAGGAUUUCAAAGUAAAAGUAUGCCGUAUAUUUCACUGCACUAAUGUUGACAUGAUCGACUCUUUAUUUGAUCCCUUUUGUCUCCUCAGGACAGACGCCGCAGUCCCCUAGCUCCUCUCAUCAGCACCACCUGACCUCCCCCACUAUGAAGCCCUCUACCUCGUAUUUCAACUCCUGAUCAA